AUGUCUUCCUCUCUUUGCACCCUCUUCCUCGGGCUCUUGAGCAUCUCUGCUACUGCCUACGCUGAACACCUCCGAGUUGUUUGGUCCUCUGGCAGCUUCUCGACCAUUAGCGGUCCCGCUGGCGGCUCUCAAAGCGGUGGCUACAGCGGCUUUGCCAUCAUCAACGACGCCGACGAGGCCAUCUACGACCAGGCCUAUCCUGAUGAUCACUCUCCGUGCUACAACACUGGCGACGGCCGCACAUUCACGAUCGAGGGUGACUGCUGGGACACCCCACGCGUGUUCCACUGCAAGUCGGACUUUGGCGGCUCGCCUAAAAACUGUGACGUCAGCACCUCUGACGGCAACCAGCUCGGCAGCGGGACGCAGCAGAAAGAUACCAACUUUAUCGGUAUUGCUAUUGGCAUUGAUGCCAGCUGUGUGGUCGAGUUCGAUUCUGAUGGAACCAGUUGCCCUGUUGACAACGGAAACGGACCCCUUCAUGUUACCUCGGGUUAA